UAGCAGAACAGCCCUACUUCCUGCUGUACUUUCUGUCAAUUAGCUGCGCCUAAAGUAGAGCACUCACUCCACAACUUAAUCUCUCUCUCAACUAAUCUGUACAAAAGCUGCUAGCGAUGGCCAACACCCUGGAACAGCUCAAGAAGUUCACCACAGUCGUUGCUGAUACUGGAGACUUAAAUUCGAUUGCCCAGUACAAGCCUACAGAUGGUACCACCAACCCCUCUCUGAUUUAUGCUGCUGCUCAGCUCCCUGCCUACCAAAAACUUGUGGAUGAAGCCAUUGCAUUCGGAAAAGCAGCCUCUGUUAUUGAAAAGGACCAAGUCACUGCUGCCAUAGACAAAAUGUAUGUCAGCUUUGGUGUGGAAAUUUUGAAGCUCAUCCCAGGCCGAGUGUCCACAGAGGUCGAUGCUAGGUUGUCUUUUGACAAACAAGGCUCCAUUGAAAAAGCACGCCGGUUCAUUGAGCUAUACGAGCAGGCAGGGAUCAGCAAGGAGAGAAUUCUCGUUAAGCUCAGCUCUACGUGGGAGGGGAUUCAGGCCGCAAAAGAACUGGAGGAGAAAUAUGGCAUCCAUUGCAAUCUCACACUACUCUUCUCGUUUGCUCAAGCAGUGGCUUGUGCUGAAGCUGGAGUGACUCUCAUUUCUCCGUUUGUGGGGAGAAUCUUCGACUGGUAUGUUAAGAACACAGACAAGAAGACGUAUGCUCCAGAGGAGGACCCUGGUGUAGUCUCUGUGGGAAAGAUCUACAACUACUACAAGAAGUUUGGCUACAAGACCGUCGUCAUGGGAGCAUCUUUCAGAAACACAGGGCAGAUCUUGGCCCUCGCCGGCUGCGACAAUCUAACCAUCUCGCCCAAGUUGCUUGAUGUGCUCUCAAACUCGACUGAAGCUGUUACUCAGAAACUCUCUGUUGAAGAAGCCCAGACUAUGGACCUUGAGAAGAUUUCAUUGGACGAAGCCGCGUUCCGCUACUUGCACAACGAGGACCAGAUGGCCGUGGAGAAGCUGUCCGAGGGGAUCAGGAAGUUUGCUGUCGACACAGUCAAGCUGGAGGCCCUCAUCUUGGAGAAGCUCAGGAAGUAGCUAUAAUUAUAGCCGAUUCAAGUAGACAGAAAACCAUGUGUAGAUUAUUAUAGUGUACAAUGUCAUUAUAAGACUUCGGAAUUUUUAUUGAAUUAUCAUC